AUGAAAUGAUGUGUCCUGUUUGUAGAACAUGUGUGUGAUGGAGAAUGACUUUGAGAACCAGCUCGGAGAAUUCCACAUCAGGAUGAAAGGUCUUGCAGGAUUUGCCAGACUGUGUGCAGGAGAUCAGUAUGAGAUUUUUAUGAAAUAUGGCCGACAGCGCUGGAAACUGCGAGGAAGGAUAGAAAUCAAUGCCAAACAAGUGUGGGACAACGAGGAGAUGGUGUUCGUCCCCCUCAUUAACGAGUUCCUCUCUGUGAAGGUGACUGAACUGAAGAGCUUAGCCAAUCACGUGGUUGUAGGGAAUGUUUCCUGUGAGAUGAAGGACCUGUUUGCUCCACUCACCCAGGUGGUAGCUGUGGACAUUAAUGAUCUCGGCACUCUUAAACUUAGCCUUGAAGUCACAUGGAAUCCCUUUGAUAAAGACGAUAUUGUUGUAAACAAAACACCAAGUAUUGCGUCGCACAUGGGCAGAACACCAGGGACGCCGUCCAAACGCAUUCAACCCUUUCCUAUCUCUGACCGCAGCCAUGAUGACGAGGAGAGGGAACCUCCCUGGUCUAGCUCCACAGACUCUUCCGAUGACUCCUACGGCCGUCGGCCGUCCGCGCCACGGGAACCUGUCUCUCCGCCUCACAUGGACGGCUCUGGGAGCUCCACCAUUGGACCCUUAUCUUUUUCUUCUCCACAGCCUAAACCUCGCUCCCAACCUGCUUCAUCCUCCAUUCCUAACGGUAGUCCUGCUUUAGAGACUUGCAGGGUCCAAGUCUCACAUCCAGCCGAGAGCUCCAGGAACAAUGAGGAGGAACAAAUAGGGCUGCACCAUAAUGAGGAGCUGGAUUCAGUGGGAACCAUCAGCCCCAUCUCAGACCAUGGACAGCCUUACGGUCGCUCUCUGAGUCACAUUAGCGAGAGCAGCACCGAUGGAUUUGUGGCUUCAUCAGUCGGCGACUCUGCAGAUAAAACCUCUCAGGUCUCUGGUAUCUCCAUCAGUGACAUAGAGGUUCCCAGCAGAGCGUCUGAGACAGAGAAUCCUACUCUCACACGCCCUGAGAUGUCACCCAGCGUCUCCUUGGUGGAGAGAAGCCCAGCAGCCAGUCCUACUGCAGAGCUACUCGGUUAUCCACACGACUAUUCCUUCUCUUCCCAGACUGAGAGAGAUGAACAGGAUUCUCUGUUUGAGCCAAAGACGAUAUACGAGGACUUAGAGGACUCCCUUACAGACACAGGCAGCAGAAAUGGGACCUACAGAGCCCAGAAGGUGCUGGUUGAAAGUGUGGGACAAGGACCUCUUGGUGUGGUCGACAGCGAGCUGGAAGACUCUCUGGAAAUUCUGCUUACAACUCUGGAUGAUUAUAGAGGACAGUUUCCUGAGCUGCAAGGUCUGGAAGACAACCUGAGGCUGCUGCAGGUAACCCUGAAGGGGGGCAGUCACAGCCGCAGAGCCAGCUUGGUCAGCUUCUCAGUGGAAUCAGCUUUGGGCAGUUUUGACUUUUUGUCUGACUGUGAGGAUGAGGACGAGAGGAAGAGCAAUGUCAAGAAGACAAAUGGCAGCAGGCGACGGCAGCAUGACGGCUGGGACAGCCCUCCCUUCCUCCACUCGCCACUCACCACCAGCUGUGCUGCUCUAGACUCCUCCCUGGUGCUCCAUCUGAAGAACUGCACCACACAGCUCCUGCGUCUUGGCAUGUUUGGUCCCCUGCGCUGUGGAGAGAUGUAUGCCUUGGACAAACUCCUGAGAGAGACUCGAGUCUUUGAAAUCAUCCGUGGCAUCGUCAGGGAUGACCCCAACCGGCCCAGGCAGCCUGCCGAAGUGAUCCCAGAGCUGGGCCAGUGCUUUGGAGCCUUGGGUCUCUGGGAGCGGUGUGCAGACCAAGGCACUGUGUACUGCGUCUCUGUUGACAACCUUCUCUCUACGCUGUCUUCUUCGUACUCCAGCGUGCUACAUGAGCGGGCUGAUGCAGUGAUUUGGUGCCUGGUGGAGCGGAUUUUGGACCAGAGGUUACCGAGACGAAGCCCCAGGGAUGGCCAGAUUGUGACAGUAUUUCAGCUGUGGAGUUAUUUGGAGUCCAAUGGCAUCAAUGACAUAGAGAUGCACAUCUCCGAGCUGGCAGAAGAGGUUUGCAGCAGGCCUCCUCAUCCUCUGUUCAUCCGUCUCUGUUUUUCCCUCCAGGCCAAAGAAAGCAUCGAACAGCUGGUGUACGUCUGUCAAACAGACAAGGAGGACGUCCGAGACGCCGCCAAACAAGCUCUGCUGACGUUGGGUGAGGAAGGAAAGAUGGCCUACAGACACGUGGAGAUCUCUCAGGACGGCUUGCCCAGACUCUUUGCUCCGGGAAGCAUGGCCAGCACCGCCUUCUAACAGCCAGCAGCACAUUCAGAGGAUGAGGAGGACCAGGAAUCCACUAAUCUUCCUUUGAAACUGAUAGGAAGUCGUCACAAACACUGAAUUUGAUCCAAGAUAUUAAGUGAAACCCUAAAGAUUAAAUGAAGUCUUUUUCAGAUUAUCUCAGCUCAAACAUUCCCUGGGUUCACGCUCCAGCGCCUGUUUUAAUACGGAACAGUGAAUCAUUUUAGGUUUUCACUUUUUCUACCGAUUAUCGCCGCUCCUCUGGCCGUCCGUCUCCACAGCAGGCGCCAGAUUGACGCGCACAUGGAUUCUCUGGAGGGUUCGUGGUGCUUGAAGACAGAGCUUCACCGUGGAAAAUGGAGCCAAUCAGCUGUGGCGGUUCUUCCUUCUCCACAGGACCUGGAUCUCCUGCAGCUCGGAUUCAAUGUUUGCCUGCAGCAGAAAGGCAGCAGCUGGACUCUACUCCACCUGUUGGUGUUAAAGGAGCUCCUGAAGGAAACCAACACAGACUGAGCCUCACAUAUUAACCCUUUAUCAUGAAAUACCUUUAAUCCUGUCACUUUGCCUUAUUUUCUCUCAGAGAAACUUUUUAUUACUCCCAGUUAAAAAGUUUCAAUCCAUUUUUAAAAGCGUUUAAAGCCGAGGUUUGUCGGCUUUAUCCAGAUGUCAUCCAGCUGCUGCAAAUGAGAAGGCAUCACAAAGACGCAUUAAGCAUUAGAAGGCCUCACUAGUGAACUACUUUCCAUUCACCAUCAGAUUGCAUUUCCUAAACUGAAAGAGUCAUUUCUAAAAGGCUGACAAGUUUUUCCCAUGCAGAGGUGUUUUUUCCCCAGAUGUUUGGAGACUGGUGUUUUUCACUUAAUUGCAAACUGUUUGCAUCAACAAACAGACAUUCUCACCGGCUACAGAAUGAAGGAGACGACAGGAAGUUGCUGAAGUUUCGAACAAGUUAAAAUGUGAGAAAUCGUGAUUUAAAUUGCAUUUCUUCUUUUAAUGGCAACAUUAGCAGAUUAUUGAUAAAUAUAAUGGAAACACAGCUACAGACAGACAGUGGUGGUGCAGGAAUCAUCUGGAAGCUGUGAGGCCAUCCAUAGGAAGGGGUGGGGCCGGGAACCCAGGGGCCGGCCUCUAAAACAUCUGAUCAUCUGGUGGUGAACAAAUGCUGAUUUCCACAAAGAUGAGUAAAAAUUCCCAACAAUUAGAACCAAAGACGGAACCGUCCACAAAAGUUCAUGAGAAGAGCCCAGCUUCCACCACACCUCCCAGAACGACCCGCCUUGGAGACCCCAUGCAGCUUCCUGUUGAGCAGCAAACACACUGACUGCCUGUUUUUCUCUUCAUGUGUCACUUUGCUCUGAGUGAUGACAAUCGUCCUCCUUUUCUGGGUGUGAAGAACACCUCAUUCUGCCGAGGAGGCCUUUAGGUGCAACGCCGCUGCUUUAGGAACAGAUUGGAGAUCAGGAAGUUUUCAAUAAGUGCCUUAAUGUUUUAUUUCAUGCUUUUUACGAUGAACAUGCAGCAGAACUUCCUGUUUGUGAAUUUUGUGGCUCUGUGAAUGUAGGUUUAAAUGUGAGUGGAGCAUCGGUGGACCUUCUGCUGGACAUCCUGCUUCUAGUCGGGUCCCUGAAUAUCUGCUGGUCAGCAGCCGUCCAAAUCCUCCUGCUGUCUACCGAGAGGAUCCGCCCUGAAGUAUCCGAACAAACAAACCAACGCUGGAUUCCUGGUCCAGCCCACUUUUCUCUAAACAUUAUUUAUAUAUAUUUAUAAUUAUAGGACGAUAUAAAACAAUGGAGUAAGAGAACUUUCAAUAAAAAAACAAUCACAAGCGUCUAAAUUUGUAAAUGUAGGUUAAUAUACGUCAUUAAACUUAAGAUUUGUAGGCAUUCCUUGUCAACUAAUCAAUCUGUGAGAAUAUAGGUUUAAAAGUUACUACUUUAUUUACAUGUACCAAGCUACAACCCCUGGUGAGGCUGUUACACUCCUUACCAGUAGGUGGCAGUAAAGCCUUUUUUCCUUUAAGAUAAGAAAAAGAAGGUAAACAAAAGAAAAAGCAAUGAUCGAACAUUAACUAUGCAUUGAAAACAGGAAGGAUAUAACGUGUGAUCGAUCAAUGGUUUUACUGCCACCAUGUGGUAAUGCUCAUUCAGACCUGCAGAAGCAGCUGGUUUAUAUGCAAAGUCAAUGGUUGACGCGCAUCUCGGCGCAGGAAAAGG